UCUACGUCUGCCGCCCGUGUGGGAGAAAUAAACCGCAAUCCCCACUGUUUGAAGUUUGAACCCUCUCUUACAUUGACUCACAUUUCCCCACCCGGUCAAAACCCAAACUCAACAUUAUGGACUUCCACCACAUAAACCACAGCACCAACUCCCCCGCAUCUUCUACCUCCUCCACCACCACCGCCACCGCACCCAACCCUAACCCUAUUUCCACCUCCAACUCCGUCUCCGCCGACGACCCCAUGCACUCCUGGUGGGAGUCCAUCUCCAAAGCCCGCUCCCGCAUCCACUCCUUGUCCUCUCUUCUCGAUCCUUCCCUCUCCCAAUCCCUCUCUUCCCUCGCCGACUCCGACCGCCCUGCCCUCUCCCUUCUCUCCUCCAUUCAAUCCUACGACGCCGUAUCUACUGCCCUCUCCUCCCCUCUCUCAGGCUCAGGAUCCGACCCCCUCUGUCACUGGCUUUACGACACCUUCCUCUCCUCCGACCCCCAUCUACGCCUCGUCGUUUUCUCCUUCCUCCCCCUCCUCUCCGGUCUCUACCUCUCCCGAGUCUACUCUCCCUCCUCUGACUCCCCCUCUCUUCCCUCCCUCGCCGGCUUCGAAUCCGUUCUCCUCGCCCUUUACGCCGCCGAGACCAAGGCUCGAAACGGCAAGCCUGUCGUCGUUUCGAUCCCCAAUCUCUCUCAGCCCUCUCUCUACCACACCCCUCGCCUCAACAAGUCCAACCCCCUCACUCUCUCCACUGCCCCCCACCAAUCCUUUGGGGUUUUGUCUCCGCCGCUUGAGCCCCAGGUCGCGGUGAAGUCCACGAAACGUGCCUGCAUCGUCGGCGUUGCCCUCGAUUCCUAUUACAAGCACAUUUCCCAGAUGCCCACUUGGUCCAAGAUCGACUUUUGUCGAUUCUUAGCUUCUUGGGCCGGCCAGGAUUGCUCUUGUCUGCGACAAUUCGGUGAUGAUGAUACCAACGAGCCGGAUAUGAAUCCGGGAUUGUUCUUAGAGGGCGCCAAUAUUGAGAUCAGCGAUGUGACCGAAGAAAUGGAUCAGUUGACGAUGAGAAUUGAGAGAACUGGUAGCAAUGGUGUGCAUUUGGAGUCAAAGGGGUCCAGAAUUCCAUUACCUUGGGAGCUAUUGCAGCCUGCAUUGCGAAUAUUGGGGCAUUGUUUGUUGGCCCCAUUGAAUUAUCAGGAUGUUAAGGAUGCCGCUUCUGUUGCAGUAAAGCGAUUGUAUGCUCGGGCGUCUCAUGAUUUGGUGCCCCAGGCAAUUUUGGCUACCCAGAGUCUCAUUCAGCUUGAUAAGAGGGCACGCAAGGCUGCCAAGAAUUCUGCGGCUGCUAAUUCGUCUUCAAGUGCUAACACCCCGAGCAAAGCUAAGAAACCUGAAGUUUUUUUGGUCUCAAAAUGAGUAUGUUGUUGGCUGCUUUGUAUGCUUGUUUGGUUUUGCACAUUGGAUGAUGUAUAGCUAUAUAUUCAACUGUUGAAAGUCUUUGCUGUAGGUUAAUGUUAUGUUCGUCAGUCGGUUUUUUGUGUUUGUAGAUCCAUUCUAGUGACGUGUAGCUUAUGAUUCAUUGAACUAUGCCCUUGUGUAUUUCGUUAAGGCUUGUUUCUUAUGUACAUGCUCUCAACUUUCUCGAGCGAUGUACUGUUUUUCAUUGAUCUUGUACUCGCGAAAUAGACUAAAUGUUACCUUCUGAAUUAUAAUUUAUGCAGUUUAACAUUUAGUUA